AUGGCUAGUGGUCUCACAGCUGCCGCCCGCUAUGGUGCCCAAAGUGUAAACCAAUUGGCCGGCUCUACCUCAUUGCGUCGAACACUCCAGGCUAAUGGAAUCCGACGAUUUGCCCACCAGACACCGACUCUACCUCCCACCUCUCCUUUCGCCCCUCGUCACCUUCUCUCCAUUGCAGACUUGACCCCCACGGAAUUCGCCACCCUGGUCCGCAAUGCUGCCUCGCACAAGCGUGCCAUCAAGUCCGGAGCCAUUCCGGAAAGCCUUCUGGGAUCCCUCUCCGGAAAGACCGUGGCCAUGAUGUUCAACAAGCGCAGUACUCGCACCCGUGUAUCCACCGAAGCCGCUACCGUCCAGAUGGGCGGUCACCCCAUGUUCCUCGGAAAGGAUGACAUUCAGCUCGGUGUCAACGAGUCCCUAUACGAUACCUCCGUUGUAAUUUCGUCCAUGGUAUCGUGCAUUGUUGCGCGUGUCGCUAAGCACGAGGACGUCGCAGGUCUAGCACAGCACUCCACCGUGCCUGUGAUCAACGCACUGUGCGACUCCUUCCACCCGCUUCAGAUUAUCGCCGACUUCUUGACUAUCCACGAGUCUUUCCCAGCUCAAGCACACAAGCUCUCCAGCCUGGGUCUGGAGGGUCUUAAGAUUGCUUGGGUUGGUGAUGCGAACAACGUUCUGUUCGAUCUGGCUAUUGGCGCUACUAAGAUGGGUGUGGACAUGGCUGUUGCUACUCCUAAAGGCUACGAGAUCCCUGCGCACAUGAUCGAGAUCAUCCAGCGUGCUGGUGAGGGUGUUGCCAAGCCUGGCAAGCUCACCCAGACCAACAUUCCCGAGGAAGCUGUGAAGAACGCCGACAUCCUGGUCACGGAUACCUGGGUCUCCAUGGGCCAGGAGGAGGAGUCCAAGAAGCGUAUGAAGGCCUUUGAGGGCUUCCAAAUCACUGCUGAUUUGGCUAAGCGUGGUGGCGCUAAGGAGGGCUGGAAGUUCAUGCACUGCCUGCCCCGCCACCCCGAGGAAGUGGAUGACGAGGUUUUCUACAGCCCACGCUCUCUGGUCUUCCCUGAAGCCGAAAAUCGUUUGUGGGCGGCUAUUGCCGCAUUGGAGGGCUUCGUUGUGAACAAGGGAAAAAUUGUGGAGUAA